AGUUCUUAUACGAUUAUUAAAACAUGAUUCCAAUUCAAUCCAAACUAAUUGUUUCCCCUUUUUAUUAUUAUUCUUUUUGUAUUUAAAUUGUUCUCGAUAAUUUUUAAAAAUACUUAAAUUUGAUUCUAAUUUAAACAUAGAUUUUUUAUCUAUUUUUACCUGACUUCUUAAAUACUUUUUUAAAAUUUUUUAAAAUUAAAAUAUUUUUAUAAAAUUUUAAAAUUUAAACAAUCACCUUGGCUAAAAGCUUACAUUGAUUUAAAUACAAAUUUGAGAAAAUAAAGCCAAAAUGAAUUUGAAAAAAACUUUUUUAAAUUAAUGAAUAAUGCAGUUUUCGGAAAAACUAUGGGAAACGUGAGGAAAUACAAAGAUGUUAAAGUAGUAACUACUUGGCUCGGUCGAUAUGGAGCAAAAAAUUACAUUUCAAAACCUAAUUUCCAUAGUUUAACCAUUUUUGAUGAUGACAUGGUUAUAAUUGAAAUGUCAAGCUUAAAUAUUAAAUUUAAUAAAUCUAUAUAUGCAGGUUUUAAUAUUUUAGAAAUUUCUAAACUUUUUUUAUAUGAUUUUCAUUAUAAUUAUAUUAAACCUAAAUUUAAUACAGUUGCCAAACUAUUAUAUACUGACACUAUUUCUUUAAUUUAUCAUUUUUACGUGGAAGAUAUCUAUGAAUUUAUUAGAAAUGAUAUAGACAGAUUUGACACUUCUGAUUAUCCUGUAGACAACAUUUAUAAUAUUCCUUUAGUUAAUAAGAAAGUAUUAGGAUUAAUGAAAGAUGAGAAUAAUGGUAAAAUUAUGCGUGAAUUUGUAGGUCUUAAACCAAAAAUGUAUGCAUUAAAACUGUUUGAUUCAGAUAAAGUUGUUAAAAAGGCUAAAGGUAUUACUAAUACUUCAAUGAAAACAAUAACAUUUGACGACUAUUAUAACUGUUUAUUUCAUAAAGACACAUUUUAUACACAAGAACAUUUAAUUCGAAGUAAAAAACAUGAGGUCUACACAAUAAACCAGAGAAAAGUUGCUCUUACUCCAUACGAUGAUAAAAGAAUUAUUAAUUAUAUAUAUACCGAUACACUACCUUGGGGUUAUAAUCAAUAAAUUUAUUUUAUCCAUUUUCAAUAAAAAAUGUGCAUACAUUUAAGCCGAUCAAGAAUAAGUCCAAUUUUAAAAUAUACAAAAAUCACACCUCACGCAUAUACACCCGAAAAGGGUAGUAGACUGGCUGCUGGAUAUGAUUUAAAAAGUAAUCAUGAAAUAAUACCAGCUAGAGGAAAAGCUCUAAUAUCAACUUGACUUAAAUUUGAGCUGUCGAAAAACUGCUAUAGCAGGAUCGCUCCAAGGUCUGGUUUAGCUGUAAACCACUUUAUUGAUAUAGGCGCUAGCGUUAUCGAUGAGGACUAUCGAGGUGAAAUUAAGGUCCUACUGUUCAAUCACUCGGAUGAGGAUUUUCACGUUAGAACUGGCGACAGGAUAGCUCAAAUAAUAUGUGAAAGGAUCUUCUAUCCAGAGCUUCAAAAAGUCAACAACAUGUCCAGCACAGAACAUGGAGAAAAAGGAUUCGGGUCCACAGAAAAAAAUAUGUAAAACAAAUAAAGUGAUUUGUUUUAAUUUUUAAGAAAUGGUUUUUAUAAAAGUAAAUAAAAUUGUUGUUAUUAUUAUUUUAUUUAAAAUUAUAGAUAUAACUUAAAAAUAUAUUUUUUAAAUAUCUAAA